AUGAAGGCCUCUAGUCCCGUAGUCAUGGCCACAGAAGAAAUAGUAUUGGAAGAAGAAGAAGAAGAGAAGGAAAGAAUGGUUACGUUGGGAUCCUACAAAGGGAUGGUUAGGCUGCUGAGGGUGAAAGCAGAACAAGAGGAGGAGGAAGAAGAAGAAGAAGAAGAAUUGGACUCAUUUGCUGCUACCGCAGCUUCAGAGGAGAUAAUGCUGCUGUGGGGAAUGCAACAGCCAACUCUCUCCAAACCAAACGCAUUCGUUUCUCAGUCUUCUCUUCAACUGAAACUCGAUGUCUGUGGUCACUCACUCUCCAUUUUCCAGUCCCCUUCUUCUUUGAGCACACCUGGAGUAACUGGUGCUGUCAUGUGGGACAGUGGAGUUAUAUUGGGGAAGUUUCUAGAGCAUGCUUCAGACUCAGAGUUGCUACUUCUUCAAGGCAAGAAAGUUGUUGAAUUGGGCUCUGGCUGUGGAUUAGUCGGCUGCAUUGCAGCUCUUCUAGGUGGUCAAGUUGUCCUCACAGAUCUUCCUGAUAGACUCAGACUACUGAGAAAGAAUAUUGAAGUCAAUCUGAGACAUGAAGAUAUGCGAGGUUCAGCAAAAGUGAUGGAAUUCAUAUGGGGAGAUGAUCCUGACCUGGAACUGACAGAACCUCCACCUGAUGUUGUGCUAGGUUCUGAUGUAAUCUAUAGUGAGGGAGCAGUUUUGGAUUUGCUGUCUACGCUGCGGCAACUCUGUGGAGGUGAAACAACAAUCUUUUUGGCUGGGGAACUUCGAAAUGAUGCUGUCCUUGAAUACUUCUUAGAGUGCGCAAUGAAGGAUUUUGUAAUUGGGCGUUUGGACCAAAGACAAUGGCAUCCAGACUAUUGCAGCAGUCGUGUUGUUUUGUAUGUUCUCGUCAAGAAGUGA